AAUAACUCAUUCAAGUCCUUAUGCUCCCAUGCAUGCCCAGUAGUAAGUACUCACCUGUUCAUGAAGUUAAGGCGAACCUACGUAGCCAAGUUGGAAAGAGCAGAAGCUCCACGAAAGGUGGGCCCUUAUUAAUGUCCCCUAAAUUUCUUCAUUAGAUCCUCAGUCAUCUAUAUAACCAGCUCGGUUCACCAGUCCAUCACACCAAAGAGUUGCACAGAGAGAGAGAGAGAGAGAGAUUCAUCUCAUAUCCAUGGUUUCAUUUCAAACCCCAGUUUCUCCAAAUCAGAGAAAAAUGAUUCCUCAGAUUGAGAAUUCACCAAAAAAGAGGAGAUGGGAAGAGGUAGAAGAAGCCAAAGAGGAUCUCGAGAAGAAUUCAAGAAGGACAUCAAAACUGUUUGAUAUUGAGCUCCACCUUGAACAGAAGCCCUUGCCUUCUGAGUGGCAAAGAUGCCUCGAUAUCCAGUCAGGGAAGAUACACUUCUACAACACAAGGACCCAGAAGAAAACCUCUAUGGAUCCAAGGCAAUGUCCAGAGGCAUAUGGUGAUAGUAGUCCCAAACAUAUGAGCUUAGACUUGGAACUCAACCUAGCUUAUGACCAAUCACUCAAGACCCAUUCGGAUGAUAAUUGGGCUAAACGUGAACCGGUUUAUAGAUCGACCGGUUCGGAGCUAUCGACGGAGCUUGAUCAGCCGGAGAUGGUGGCAGCUGUGUGCCGGCGGUGUCACAUGUUAGUUAUGUUGUGCAAGUCGUCCCCUGUAUGCCCCAGCUGCAAAUUCUUGCACCCACCUGACCAAGGUGUUCCAACCCUGUUCAAAAGGCAUAGACUGUUGUGUGCAAGGACUAAUUGAGGCCUUAAUGUUUGUUCAUCAUCUCUCUAACCCAUGGCCAAAGAAGAAGAAGAAGAAGAAGAAGAAGAAGAAGAAGAAAUCAAUAGAAAUAGAAUAAAAAGUUUGAUGUUGGUUAUAAGUGGGUGUAAUUCUAUUCUACUACUGCUACUAUGUAAUGUGAAUUGUGAAUAUUAAAGGAAUAUAUGUGAUGUUGUGCAA